AUGCGUGUGAUGGUGAACAUCUGGGGGGUCCUCAUGUUCCUCCGCCUGCCCUGGAUCACGGCGCAGUCGGGCAUCGGUCUCAUGUGGUUGAUCAUCAUCAUCUCCUGCAGCAUCACCAGCACGGCUUGCCUGUCCCUCUGCGCUGUCUGCACCAACGGCAAGGUGUCUAGAGGCGGUUCCUACUUCUUGAUCUCGCGCACGCUCGGCGUGGAGCUCGGAGCGCCCAUGGGCGUCAUCUACAGCUUCGCGUCCUGCGUCGCCAUCGCCUCGCACACAGUGGGCUUCGCCGAGACCCUCAGGGACAUCCUGCACGGCGGGAAUCUGAUCAUGGUGGACAAGGUGAACGAUCUGCGCAUCAUCGGAGUCAUCGCCGUCACGUGCCUGCUGGGCAUCGCGCUCGCGGGCUUGGCCUGGGAGAACAAGGCUCAGCUAAUCUUCUUCGCGUUGAUCAUCAUCGCGCUGCUGGACUAUCUGCUGGGGACCGUCAUGCCUUCCCCCAUCGAUAAGCAAGCCAAGGGUUUCUUCGGCUACAACACAAAAAUCUUUAAUGACAACUUCACGCCGAGUUUCCGCGGGCCGUACGACUUCUUCAGGCUGCUGGGCAUCUUCCUGCCCUCCGUGACGGCCAUCCUCACUGGCGCCAACAUUUGUGGAGACCUGAAGGAACCAGCCACAGCCAUUCCCAAGGGGACCUUUCUGGGCAUUGCCGUCACAGGAUUGUCCUACGUCAUGAUUGCCACCACCAUCGGCUCUGUCAGUCUGCGAGACGCCACGGGCAACCUCUCCGACUCCCUGUCGUACGUCGCGCCCCUGAUAAACGACACGAACAUCACGACCACCGCCAUGCCCGGCUUCUUCUCCACCUUGCUGAGCAGCACGGUCAACUCCACCGUGGCGACCGCCAACUCCACCAUGGCGACCGCCAACUCCACGGUGCUGUCGUCCACCAUGGCGGCCGCGCGCGUGUGCACCUUCACCAAGACGGGGUGCGAUCUCGGCUGGAACUUUGGCGCUUGCAAUGCGACUACGACCAUCGCUCCCGGCUUCAGUCCCUGCAGCUUCGGCUUCAUCAACCAGUACCAGGUGCGCGAGAGAGCCGUCCCUGGCCUCAAGUCGGCGCUUUGCCGGCGUUUCCUCCGUCUUGCAAUGAACGUGGGCAAGGGGCCGGGGUUUAACUGGGCGAAGCAGCCGCUUUUGGGGUUGUGGCCAGUCAUGGCGAUGGUGUCCGCGUGGGCCCCCCUCGUCUACGCCGGCAUCUUCGGAGCUGGCCUCUCCUCCGCUCUGGCCUCUCUCAUCAGCGCGCCCAAGUGCUUCCAGGGAGUGGCCAGGGAUAACAUUUACCCUGGAAUCACGAUCUUCGGCAAGGGCUUUGGCAGGAACCAAGAGCCCGUUUUUGGGUACCUGCUGGCCUACACCAUUGGAAUUUGCUUCAUUUGCAUUGCUGACCUGAACCUGAUCUCGCCCAUCACGGCCUGCUGCUUCCUGAACACCUACGUCAUCCUCAACUUCAGCGUCUUCCACUCCAGUGUGGUGAAGUCUCCAGGCUGGCGGCCAGACUUCAAGUACUUCCACCCGGCGAUCGCCAUCAUCACCAUGGUGUUUGACAUCAUCAUUAUGUUCCUCAUCCUGUGGUGGGGAGCCGUCCUCUCGCUGGGAAUCUGGGUCGUGCUCUACUUAUACUGCAUGUACAAGAAGCCAGAGGUCAACUGGGGUUCCUCGGUGCAAGCUAUGGGCUUCCAGACCGCUCUGGCCACAACACUGAACUUGGACGGCGUCAAGGAGCACAUCAAGGUCUUCAGGCCGAACUGCCUGGUGCUCACGGGGCCUCCGCACCUGCGGCCGGCGCUGGUCGACUUCGUGGGCACCUUCACCAAGGGCGUCAGCCUCAUGGUCUGCGGCAACAUCGUCGUGGCGGGCCCCAACAAGAACCAGAUCUGUGAGCUGCGGCAGACAGAGCACGGCAAGUGGCUGCGGCACCGGAACAUCAACUCCUUCUACACGGCGAUCGUGAGCAACAGCCUGAACGAGGGCGCCUCUGCGCUGCUCCAGAGCACGGGGCUUGGCAAGCUGCGUCCCAACUUGGUCUUCCUCGGCUUCAUGAACUCGUGGCUCGGAGAGGACCCCGCCAUCAUGCACGACUACGUGCAGAUCAUCCACAACGUGUUCGACUACAACAUGGCCCUGGCCAUCCUGCGCGUGAAAGAGGGCCUUGACAUCAAGAAUAUGCCCGAAGUUCAAGUCAACAUGGCUUUCCAGUUCGAUGGCAGCGGCGGCGGCGUUGGGAAGGUGUCCGGACUUGUCGCGAAAUCGGCCUUGAGCAUGGACGUGGAUCAGUCCGAAGACAAGCCCGGCACGCAUGAGGCGAUGCCCCAGAUCAGCACCGUGUUCCAGUUCAGCCAGGGCAAGAGGACCAUCGACAUCUACUGGCUCUUCGACGACGGCGGCAUGACGCUGCUCAUCCCCUACCUGCUGAGCAAGAAGAACCGAUGGGGCGAGUGCAAGAUGCGCGUCUUCAUGGCAGGGAAGCUGGACCGGCUGGAGGAGGACAAGCAGAACAUGUCGAGGCUCAUCGCCCGCUUCCGCCUCAACGUGGACGACGUCAUCAUCCUCACGGACGUCAACAAGAAGCCGCGCGCCGACAAGAUGAAGUACUUUGAGGACCUCAUCAUGCCGUACCGGCUCAACGACGGAUUCAAAGACCCCGCCGAGGUGGAGCAGCUGCGCAAGGAUUGCCCCUGGAAGAUUUCCGACCACGAGAUUCUCACCUUGCGCGAUAAGACCAACCGGCAGCUGAAGCUGAACGAGCUCAUGCACGAGCACUCCAAGGACGCCGCCCUCAUCGUCGUGAGCCUGCCCGUGAUCCAGAAGGGACGAUGCCCGUCGGCAAUGGGCAUGGCCUGGCUGGAGGUGCUCAGCCGUGACCUGCCCCCAGUGCUCAUCAUGAGGGGCAACCACACCAACGUGCUCACCAUCUACAGCCAGUGAUCCUCCCCCGCUCGCUCGCUCGCUCGCUCACACGCACGUGCUUAUACACGUGUGUAGGCUACAUUUGCAUGCACAUGCGAAUGUACGGCCGCGCACGCUCUUGUAGACGCAUCACCAGUGGCGGCGCUAGGCACUCGGCAAAAGCUUAGGGACAAAGCAGCUCAAGGGGCCUUGGAUUCAUGAUAAAACAUUGGGGGUAUGCACGAAAUAGCAUCUUAAAUUCUAAUCAACCUAACGAGCUAAUUAACAUAAACCAGCUCGUUAAUCUCUCAUCUCUAUCUUGUCUGCGUAUCUCUUCUCGUAUCUCGGUACAUCUCUAAGUUGUGUCUAUACCUCUUCUAGUCGCUGCGCAUUUUACACGUCCCCCCCCCCCCCCGCACCACUGAAGGCUCCUGCGCAAGCAUCGGCACACGUAAUUGUAUACACGUAGUGCGCAUACACCGCGUGUGCACUUCGGAUAUGCAGGCGCACGCUUUCCCCGCACCUCCAAUUAGCACGGGUGGCUACGACGUACGGUGCGCGAAAGAAGUUCAACGUACGUACACUUUGAAGUACGCUGGCCAGUUACGUUCAGGACCACCAAUAACACAGCGGUAGCGAGGCUUCGUUUUAAAUAUAUACAAAUACACCUUUGGCAAUAUUUGCUGGCCAAUGAUGACAACCAAAAGUGCCGAAUUAGUCAACGAGAACGCGACGGAAUUGUGUUCCAUUUGUUUAAAUGAAGCUGGGCUCCCACUAGAUCACCGAGUCCCAAUUGAUAUCAUGCAACGAGCUAAUCAAAUGAACGAGCGCCUGUAAUCCUACUUAUAUAAUAUAGUUAUAAUAAAUUGCGAUGUUGAAAUGUAUAACCUGGGUAAUCUGCACACAGUUGUGUUGCCUGUGAAGGCUGUACAAUUAUCACUUUUAUUUUCGCAUUGUGCACUUAUAAACAGAUGUAAACUCCGGAGAGACAUGUAAACACCGAUGAAGCUUGGCAUUUGGUGGUCAUUUUUUUGAACAAGCGAUUACCUGUAAUUAGGCAACUGCAUUUAUAAAAUGUGAAUGAAAUGUUAAGGUUUCCAGCUCUUUAUUGCCAGUGCGGAUUUGCAGAGCAGUUGGCCUUUAACAUCAAUGUGAGGAAGAGUACGACAUGUGUGAACUGUGUCAUCCCAAGUGGCCCAUUCACUUAGGAACUACAGUAGAACUCCCCUUAUCCGACUCCCAUUAUCCGUGGAACCUACAUGGUCCGCAAAACCUCCAAUGAUGCGCGCACAUAUUCUCACUAUUAUCUGCGUUUGCAAGUGUUUCUUUCCCAUCCUAGGGUUGCGGCACGGCUUCCUGUUGAGAGAUAAUUUGCUCAAUGUAUCCUGUUUGCGAUUAGCUGCAAUUUUUCACGGAUGCCGGGGAUUAAAUUCGCAAAAUAAAAUCGCGGAUAAUGGGAUACACGAUGUUCAUCCUCCUCCCCCCCCCCCCGCCAAAUCAACGUGGAUAAGAGUUCUACUGUGGAGAAAGAGUUAUUUGCACGUAAAAUGUAUGUCCGGAUGAAGUGACAAAUGUAACAUUUGGAUUGCGGGCGAAAGGUCUCGAGGGAUUGCCGGGUCGUCACAGCGCUGUGCCGUGUGUCUAGUUUGCAGCCGGCAGUUUGAUUCCUACAGCCGGCAGUUUGGUCAGUUUGCAGUCGGCAGUUUGAUUCCUACAGCCGGCAGUUUGGUCAGUUUGCAAUCGGCAGUUUGAUUCUUGCAGCCGGCACUUUGAUCAGUUUGCAGUCGGCAGUUUGAUUCUUGCAGCCGGCAGUUUGAUUAGUUUGCAGUCGGCAGUUUGAUUCCUGCAGCCGGCAGUUUGAUCAGUUUGCAGUCGGCAGUUUGAUUCUUGCAGCCGGCAGUUUGAUCAGUUUGCAAUCGGCAGUUUGAUUCUUGCAGCCGGCAGUUUGAUUAGUUUGCAGUCGGCAGUUUGAUUCCUGCAACAGGCAGUUUUAUCAGUUUGCAGUCGGCAGUUUGAUUCCUACAGCCGGCAGUUUGGUCAGUUUGCAGUCGGCAGUUUGAUUCCUACAGCCGGCAUUUUUAUCAGUUUGCAGUCGGCAGUUUGAUUCUUGCAGCCGGCACUUUGAUCAGUUUGCAGUCGGCAGUUUGAUUCCUGCAGCCUACCAAAGGGUCGCUGUUCAACGUCACCAAAGCGUGCCACCGGAUGCAAAGUUGACAUUAAAAGAUUUAUAACAGUAACGCUUGAAAGCUGGACUAUUGAAUUAUGGUACUGUUGUUAAUAAAUAUAUAAAAUACACAUUGUAUUGUUAUCCAUAAUAACCCCCCCCCCCCUUGUUACAAUAUAUAAUUUACGUUGAUGUUCAGACGAUUACAAAUGUUUCAAAUGUUUGACCGCAUACUUCGCCAGUAGGAUGUAUACACGAGACGCGACUUUUUCUCUGGAUUCCAGUUGAUCAUUGCCCCAUGUAAAGGUCGUAACUGCACAGCGAUCUCUGCUCACCUUACAUGACGAUUAUAUCGAAUUUCCAUCACCGCCUAGCAUGGAAGAGGCCCUCUUCCAUGCUAGUGCUCGCUCUAGGGGGAGGGCCACUCUCUCACCAGCAGUGGUGUGAGCAAGCAAUUGCCACCGUGUGGCAGGGUAAGCCACUUUCGUGCACUCACCCCAACACACUGUGUGCAUUAUCGCACAGGAAGCUUUGUUCUGUGGUCAAGUAAAAAAAAGAUGAACUCUCGUGUAUUUUGCGUGAAGACUGCAGCAUUCGUAAUCCUAUGACAACGACGGGGGUCACAAAAUAGUUUUGCAUUUGUAGACAACAACGAAACCAACUUUGAGGGCAUUUCCAUCGUUGAAACUCUGCGCUAAGACUUUGUGUGAAGACGACUGAAGCUUGUAGACUUCCCUUCGCGUUUCCUUUCCUCCUUCACCAAACGGCGGUGUCCCUUGACCCAUCAGCUCGCCACUCAAAUGGAAACGGGUUAAUUCUGUUGCAGCAAGUCUCAAUGAGCACACAUUAAACAAGCGCACGCACUUUAAAUGCUCUUUGAUGCCAGUGUGCGGGCAUACCACCACAGUGUUAGCGAUGGCCCCUGUUGUCUGCAUUGGAGAUUUUCACGUUGUAUUUUCUACCUCUCUCAAGCAGCUGUAC